GCCCACUUCACAUGUAGUUCGUCAGAACUUACACAGCAACACUUCAAACUUUCACAGAGCCCACUUCAAUUGCAACGUUGUUCGUCAAAACUUUCACAGAAACAGCCCGACGGCCGUCGUCUUCCCGUAGAAGCGUUUCUUCGUCUUCGAGCUUCGACCUUUUCUGCAAUUCUGCCAACAGAAGCAUUUCGGUUUUCAGCCCCACUGCGAUUUUUAUGAAGGGGGUUUUCUUGUUUUACAAAUGUUUGACAGAGGGUCGUAGGUUUUGGCCGGUUUUUAGAUUGAUGAAAAGGGUAGAGAAUGUCUGAAGAGGGUGGAGCAGUGCUAGUGGUAUAUGAUGAUCCAUCUGGUCAAAGAUCAUUGUCUUUGGAUGAUACAAGCAGCACAGAGGAAUCCCCUGAUGAAACUAGGCUUUCCUUAGAAACCAAUAGCAACAACAAUAAUAAUAAUAAUAGUGAUGUGAUUCCCUAUAUUGGGCAAAGAUUUUCUACUCAUGAUUCUGCUUAUGAAUUCUAUAGUGAAUUUGCUAAAAGAUGUGGUUUUUCUAUUCGGAGGCACCGAACUGAAGGAAAAGAUGGAGUUGGGAAAGGACUUACUAGAAGAUACUUUGUCUGCCACCGUGCCGGAAACACCCCUAUCAAAACUUCCAUCGAAAGCAAACCCCAAAGAAAUAGGAAGUCCUCCAGAUGUGGUUGUCAAGCCUAUUUGAGAAUAAGCAAGACAACUGAACUAGGAGGACCCGAAUGGCGUGUGACAGGUUUUGCAAACCAUCAUAAUCAUGAAUUAUUGGAGCCAAACCAAGUUCGAUUUCUUCCAGCAUAUCGUACUAUAUCAGACUCGGAUAAGAACCGAAUCCUUAUGUUUGCCAAAACAGGAAUUUCAGUGCAGCAAAUGAUGAGGCUUAUGGAGCUUGAGAAGUGUGUGGAGCCUGGAUAUUUGCCCUUCACUGAAAAGGAUGUGAGGAAUUUGUUGCAGUCAUUCAGGAAAUUAGACCCAGAAGAGGAGAGCAUAGACUUGUUAAGAAUGUGCAGAAAUAAUAAGGACAAAGACCCGAAUUUCAAAUUUGAGUAUACACUUGAUUCAAACAACCGACUAGAGAACAUUGCCUGGUCAUAUGCAUCUUCUAUCCAGUCGUAUGAGAUCUUUGGUGAUGCGGUGGUGUUUGAUACGACUCAUCGCUUGACUGCAUUUGAUAUGCCACUUGGGAUAUGGGUUGGAAUGAAUAAUUAUGGUAUGCCUUGCUUCUUUGGUUGCGUGCUUCUACGAGAAGAAAAUCUGAGGUCUUUUUCAUGGGCAUUGAAGGCAUUCUUAGGCUUCAUGAAUGGCAAGGCACCUCAAACAAUAUUGACUGACCAAAAUAUGUGUCUUAAAGAAGCAAUUACCAUGGAUAUGCCGACUACUAAACAUGCACUUUGCAUAUGGAUGAUUGUGGCAAAAUUUCCAUCUUGGUUCAAUGCUGUUUUGGGGGAACGUUACAAUGAGUGGAAGGGCGAGUUUUAUCGGCUCUAUAAUCUGGAAUCAAUAGAGGAUUUUGAACUGGGGUGGAGGGAUAUGGUUAAUUCCUUUGGGCUCCACACUAACAGGCACAUAGUCAACCUGUAUGGCUUACGAUCUCUUUGGGCAUUACCAUUCUUGAGAAGCCAUUUUUUUGCUGGAAUGACUGCAAUUGGCCAGUCAAAGUCAAUAAAUGCUUUCAUCCAAAGAUUCUUGAGUGCACAGACAAGGCUUGCACAUUUUGUAGAGCAAUUGUUCUAUCAACCUAAUGAGACUGAGAAGAUUGUUACUUGGAAAUCAGAUUUUUCUAUCUUCUUGGCAUUGAAGGUAGCUGUUGCUGUUGAUUUUAAAGAUCAAGCUGGGGAACAACAAACAAUGCAACAAAAUCUCCAAAAUAUAUGCCUGAAAACGGGGGCUCCUAUGGAGUCUCAUGCUGCCUCAAUUCUUACUCCUUUUGCCUUCUCUAAGCUCCAAGAACAACUUGUUUUGGCUGCUCACUAUGCAUCUUUUCAGAUGGAAGAUGGUUUUCUUGUUAGACAUCAUACAAAAGCUGAGGGAGGUCGAAAAGUGUAUUGGGUUCUUCGGGAAGGCAUCAUAAGUUGCAGCUGCCAUCAAUUUGAGUUCUCUGGGAUACUUUGUCGACAUGCCCUUCGAGUUCUCUCAACAGGAAAUUGCUUUCAAAUUCCUGAUAGGUAUCUUCCCAUCCGCUGGAGACGAAUCAGCACACCUGCAAAACUCCUUCAGUGUGCUCCAAGUGACCAUGCUGAAAGAAUUCAGCUAUUGCAGAGUAUGGUAUCCACUCUUGUUACCGAGUCUGCCAAGUCCAAGGAGAGGCUAGAUAUGGCAACUGAACAAGUCUCCAUUAUCUUAUCCCGUGUAAGGGAGCAGCCAGUUUCAUUACAAAGUACAAGAGAGAUUUCUUCCUUUCAUAGAAAUCUUUGAUCCAAUAUUUUUGCAUCAAAUUGGAAUUUAAUGAAAACAAGAACAUGUUGCCAUCUGGUAAAGAAAGAGAGUUUUCAAGUAAGAUGGAAUAUUUAUGAAAUGUUGAGAGUUGGGAUCGGUCUGUUUUGUGAAAUAUUUGGAGGUGGAAGUGGGGCUGAUAUUCAUCCACUUUUGCUAGUGUUGGGCAUGAAAUUUUUGUAGUUUUGGUACAUGCUGAUGCAGACAAAUAGUUUAUACAAGGAAUUGCUUUUGUUACUACAGUUUCAGAUGAACUAUUCUUAUGGGAGAAUGUGUUCAUGAGGAUUUUUUGUAUGUAAAAAAAGAAUAUACAGAAAAAGAACUAGUUUGUUUGUAUUUUCUUUUCUUUGUAAUUAAAUUUAUUUUGGACUAGGGGAAUGUUAAAUGGUGUAAUGAGUUUAGGGGGGCAAUGGUUCAUUUUGAGCGCCAUGGAAAGCUGACGUAAUUUCGCUUCUGUUUAUAUUAAGUUUUUUUUCCU